AUGGGGAGGCUUAUUUACUCUGCUAGAAAAAUCGGCGGCGUCAAGGCUGGCCAGACCGUCUCCAAGGAUCUUAAAAAGCGCAUUCCACCAGGCAUUGGAGCCAAAGCCGCCGCUCGCGAUCCCACCCUCGAGAUCGACCUGACCGGCAAAGCCCUGACCGACGAAGGGUUUAGCCAAUUCAUCGAUGACCUACUUACGUGCAUCUUUUACCGCGGCGAAGAACACCCUACCGGCCUUGCCAAGAUCACCGAGUUCCACUUGUCCGGCAACAACCUCACUGUCCUCUCACUCCCAAAGCUUGGUGAGGUCGUGGCCCACAGCGCUGGUGACCUCCGUGAGCUCGAUCUAUCCCGGAAUGAAAUAUGCGUCGCCAGUGCCCAGGACAAGGCUAUCUGGAAAGCUUUCCUCGAGUGCUUUAAGAACUGCUACGUGCUCAGCAAACUUGACCUUAGUGAGAACCCGAUCGGACCAACUGGACUGGAGAUCUUGUGUUGCGUUUACAUCAAGAGUGACGUCGACUACCUUGAGGCGGAUGCGGCUGCGAUCGUUGGACUGAGCGUUGAUGAUGAGUCGACUCUUGUUGAGGAAGUCAGCACUCUCAAGGUCAAUGAAAACGACUCUCCCCGUGCGAAUCGUGCGAAGAAGACUGUUGGUAAGGGGAAGGCUGCUAAGCAGAAUGGCACCUCCCAGACUUCGCCGGCCGCCAGCAAGAACAUAACCGCCGGUGAUUUGAAGAAGUUCGCAUGCACUCGUGGGCUUCGCGCCAUUCCCUACCUCAUUCUGAGCAACAUCGACCUCACGAUGAGCAGCGCCAUUCAUUUCUCCCACAUGCUCGCCAUCCAGCGUUCUUCUGAACAGCUUCUCAACUUCCUGCCCCCGGGCAAGGCAUCUGAUAUCCCCGAGGCUGCGCAGAGCGACAAGUGCAUUAUCUGGAAGCCCAAUGACAGCAUACCGACCUUCGCUACUCACCUCCUCGAGGUCGCCGAGUAUGUUCGCGAAUUCAAGUCCAAGGCCGAGUCGGAGCUCGAGGCAUCCAGCGACGACGAAGACACUCAGCGCAAGAUGCAGAGCAAGAUGAUGCAGGAUUACACCAGACUUACGAAGCGCGUCCGUCUUGAGUCUCUCAAGGUGGAGGGUAUCCAUUGCAGUGACAUUGUCAUAGCCGCCCUGAAAAUGUUGGUUCUUUCCCGCGCCUUGCUUCUUGAAGACAAGGAUCGCCCCGUUGAGGAGUCGACUGAGGAAGAGACUACCCCGGCCGAAGAAGAUGCCCAGGAAGAGGAAGUUGAGAAAGAAGUCGAGCCCGAAAAGGAGACCGUCAUUUACCCUGCUCCGACUUUCUACCCACCGGCCAAUUUAUUCUUCGAGCUAGCACCCCAGUUCUCUCUCGGACCUUUCGACCGCGCCAACGCAAUGUUCGAUGAGGAUUUCCCCGCCCUCACGAAGCCAACCCCCAGGAAGCUGCACCCCAUCAAAGAGGAAACGGAACAGCAGGUGAAAGAGUCUGAAGAGUUGGGCCAGUUAAGCCCCUCUGCGAGCACCAGCCCCAACCAACCCGGCCGCUCUGGCAGGGGAAACAGCCGCAACAGCAGAGGGCGCAAGCAGGAAUGGCGCUUCGGACUGCCCUUUGAGAUCUGGCGUCGCAUUAUCGCUGAUGCAGUCGGGGUUGACGGUGUGUUGGAUAUCGAACAGCAGACUAGCAUCAUUCAGUAUGCUUCUGACUGGAAGGCCGUCGCUUACGAGCUGUCCGUCAAGGGAUAUGAGACUCACCAGCAGGUCUGGAAGUUUUUGGAAACAGUUGGAUGCUUCACCUACACACCGCUCCCAUAA